UAUCAUCAGGGAAAAAGAGAGAUGUGUGUUUUGAGGAUUCUAACACUUCAGCUGAACUGAUAGAAAGAUAUUAUUUUGAAAGGUUCCUAGAAAUUAUUUUACUUCAUUUUACUUAACAUCUUUAGAAAUCUCAGCAGCUCAUUCAUUCAUUGCUUUGUUUCAGCACUGGAAUUUGGACAUGUUUUUUUUGUUUUAAGCCACAUUAAAUUUAUAACAAGUGGGUCAGGCAUUUCAUACUUGGCUUCCAAAAGAAAAAAAAGAAGAAGGACCCCCCACCGCUGCAUAAAAAGGAUGCGGAAGCAAUGCAGGAGCACUGAAGACAUCACCCUGGAAUUUCUUCCAAGUUCAGAGCUACUGAUAAGGCCGCAGGUCAAUUCUCAAAUGAGACAAGAAUGAACAAUCAAGGUGGAACAAGAUUUCUUUGAUUAUUAUAGACAAGUGCAUCUUGAAGAAGUGUUACACCUGCUUUUUUUUUUGGCCAGGGUAUGACAAAGUUAAAAUAAGCUGUGUCCUAUUGCAAACUUUUUUUUUUAAAAAAACAACAAACUUCUAAAAAUGAUGUUUCUCUUUUCCACGUUUUUGCCGGUUGUUUUUAAAAUGAGUAUUAUCGAUCUGUCAGUUCAGGAGAUCAGAAUCUGUCCCAGAGGAUACCAAAUGGGGAAUGAAAAUUCCUCUUGCUUUGAUACAGAUGAAUGUCUGGAAGGCAGGAUUCAGAUUUGUAGCCAAAAUUGCCUGAAUGUCCCUGGAUCCUUUAUCUGCUCCUGUAUGCCAGGUUAUUCUUUGGGUGAUGACAAGAGAUCUUGUCAUGUAAGCGAUCCUGUACCAUUCCUAGUUUUCAGCCAAGGAAGUGCGAUCUAUAGAAUAGAUGUAGAAGGAACCAAUCACCAAAUACUGGUAGCUGAUGUUGGCUUAUCAGCAUUAAUUGAUUACCAUUAUGAAGCAAAAUAUCUUUAUUGGGUGGAUAAAGAAAAAUGUGUCCUCCAACGUGUACAUUUGGAUGGUUCAGAUCAAGAGACCAUCUGCUCCAUAAAAAAGGAUGUUAUUGGAUUGGCAGUAGACUGGAUAAAUCAAGACAUUUAUUUGGCUCACUCCCAAGGAGCUAUUGAAGUAAUCAACUUGGAUGGAAACCAUUCCCGAAUUCUUAUAAAGAACAACCACAAUCCUACAAGUAUUGAAGUUGACCCAAGUCAAAGGUUUUUAUUUUGGUCUACUGAAGGGACUUUUGAUAGCAUCUAUCGAGCAGAUCUAGAUGGAAAUAAAAUCUGGAAAGUUCUAAGGAGCACAGAAAAAAUCAAAACCAUUUCCCUGGACUUUAUCAAUGUGAAGCUGUUCUGGAUACAGCACGACACCAUUAAUGAAAUUUCAUAUUUUGGAACCUGCGAUUACAAUGGUCAUUUUAUGAAGCUAUACAGACAAAUGGGACGAAAUAAAGCCUAUGACAUAUUUAUCUUUGGUGACCAUAUAUACUAUUCUGACUCAAGGACUGGAACUAAUCGGAUAGCCAAUAAAUACACUGGAAAGGAUAUUGCUGUAAUUAACUUGAAAAAAACAUUUCCUCAACCUACUGAGAUAUUGGUGGUGCACCCUGCAAAACAGAUUGGCAAAAGGAUGGAUUCUAAAGGACUUGAUGUCAAUGAAUGCGCAUUAUGGAAUCAUGGCUGUACUUUGGGCUGUGUGAAUAUCCCUGGAUCCUAUUACUGCACAUGUCCAAAGGGUUUUAUUCUCUUGUCUGAUAAGAAAACAUGCUAUGAACUGAUUUCCUGUUCAAGCAAUUAUAUGCACUGCAGCAAUGACUGUGGACAGACACCCAAAGGGCCUAUUUGCUUUUGUCCUGAAGGAUCAGUUCUCCAAGCCGAUGGAAAAACAUGUUCAGGUUGUACAUCGCCUGAUAAUGGUGGUUGUAGCCAGAUUUGUACAUCUUUGAGUCCAACAACCUGGGAAUGUAGUUGCUUUCCUGGCUAUGAUCUCCAGGAGGACAAAAGACAUUGUGCUGCUUCAAGAGCAAAGCCAUUUCUGUUGUUUGCGAACAGUCAUGAUAUCCGUAGCAUUGCUUUUGAUGGGACGCAAUACUCAAGAAUCCUUAGCUGGCAGAUGGGAAUAGUCUCAGCUUUGGACUGGGAUCCAAUGGAAAGUAAGAUUUAUUUUACCCAUACAGACCUGAACUGUAUAGAGAGAUCUGAUCUGGAUGGCACCAAUUGUGAAAAAGUUGUAUGUGACACAAGGGAGAAAUCAGAAGGACUAGCACUAGACUGGAUUAAUCGUAAAUUAUACUGGACUGACCCAGAGAAAUAUAGCAUUGAAACUAGUAAUCUAAAUGGAAUGCAGAGAAAAAUAAUCAUACAGGAGAAGGAGUUUCAUCCUCAAGGAAUUGCUGUUCAUCCAUUUACCAGGGAACUGUUUUGGACAAACCUAGGGAUCAAUCCACAUAUUGGAAAAUCUACUUUGCAAGGCUCAGAGCGUAUCAUUAUAGCAAAUUCAGACUUAGUUUGGCCCAGUGGAAUAACUAUCGACUACUCUGAUGACAAGCUAUACUGGUGUGAUGCCAAAAUGUCUGUUAUUGAAACUGCAAACCUGGAUGGUUCCAACCGGCAAAUACUUACACAGAAUGAUGUAGGCCAUCCAUAUGGCAUAACAAUUUUUGAGGACCACAUUUGGGUAUCUGACUGGGCUAGGCCUUCGUUACUGAGAAUAGACAAGAAAAAUGGCUUCAAGAAGGUACGCCUUGGAGGAAGCAUGCUGAGACCCACUUCACUGCUUGUAGUUCAUCCUUUAGCCAAACCAGUCCGUACCUCUACAUCCGAGAAAGGUGCAUCAGGAAAGAAAGUGUUUGCCAUAGAAACACCAUCCCAGCAUUUUCUGAGUAACAGCAAAUAUGGUGAUAGCCACGGAGAUGACCGGGAGAAGCAACAGACACUGACUGCUGAAAUUGUGGUGUCUAAUCAGGACGACUGUACAUCAUUGGGUUGUGAUCUCAAUUCCCAAUGCAUUGCACAUCAAAAUGGGGCUAUGUGUGAGUGCCAGAGAGGGUUCAUCAUGGAAGGUCAACUGUGCCAUGAUGUUGAUGAAUGCCUUCUUAACAAAGAACAGUGCAAUCAGAGCUGGUCCAGGUGUAUCAAUACUGAAGGAAGCUAUGUCUGUGAGUGCCUUUUGGGUUAUGAUGAAGAUGGGCUUCAUUGUUCUGAAUCUGUCAUCGCUCCUUCUGUUGUAACCAGGGAUGACUCUACAUUAUCUGAAAAAGAAGUUCCUAUGGACUGCCCACCAUCAUACUGUUUCCAUGAGGGAGUUUGUGUUUAUUUUUCAGAUCUGCAGACUUUUGCAUGCAACUGUGCGAAAGGCUACCUGGGAGACCGUUGUCAGUUUAGUGACUUGGAGUGGUGGGAAGAGCAACAUGAGAUGAAGAUUAAAAAGCAAAACAUCGCAACUGCUGCGUUCUUCGCUGGGCUGUUCUUGGUCCUGCUCUUUGGAGGGGGUGCCUUCUACUACUAUAGGAGACAACAGAGAUUUUCCAAGAGGGAACCAUAUGCGGAAGACAGAAUAGCCGCUGACAUGAGCUGCAGCAGCACCCUUACUAGCCUUAAAACCAAAGACAUGAAGCUGCCAACUAUUAAGCCUUCCAUAAUUCUAUAGUAACAAAGAGUAAUGCAAAACAAAGGAGAGAUCAAAGGAUAGCAGGAAUCCACUUGAGAUUAUCCAUCAAAUACUUGAUAUAUUAAAUAUAUUAAAUAACCACUGGGAGGGUUAUCAAGUAUUUUUCUAUGGGCCCAAAGUUCUUCUUAGCUCAUUGUUAUGUGAUCCUUCAAAGUUCACAGCUGCCUGAAUGCAUUGCAAGCAAGUGACAGUGUUAUUGUUAGCUGUGCACAAACAGUUGGAGGGAUAUUCUAAAUUAAAGAAUGCCAACAUGAUGACAUGACCGAUUCACACUGCAGAGAUGAAAAUGCACUUUGUUUCUUAGAGACCACUGCUGGCUGGCUCUUCUUUCUGUGUUGAGGGACCUAGCGAUGCUUAAUGAAGUACAGAAUCGCAGUCCAAGUUCUUGUAAGCUACUUAUACAUUUGGCCUGGAGGUGAAAUGCUUUUGGAUGUAUUUGGGCAGCUGAACAGUGAAAGAAAGGAAUGAGAAACUGGAUCUCAUGAUCUCAUUCAUUGUACUUCACAUGGAUAAGAAUUUUAUUUCAUUGAAAAUAAUAAAUGGGACAAUGCAGAAUUAAUCAUCUAACAGAGUUGUGUUUCCUAUUUGCAUUUUUUCCUCUUUGUUACAAACUUAAGUGAAAAACCCAGCAUGCAAACUUCUAAAACAAGAAAAUGCAUUAAAACCACAGCUAUCCUUCUAUUUCAGACUGCUCUAAAUAAAGAUGCCCUUAGCAGCAGUUGUUGCUACAAUUAAUCCCAGCAUGUAAUGUAAUUUUCAUUGAGUUUUAAUGUUUAUUAGGUAACUAAAUAUUGGGUUGAGUUGAUUAAAUCAAAUCUUAUUUAACCUUCAGUAACAUUCUUUUCAUUGUUUUUUUCUCCUCUUGAUUGCUUUUGUGUAAAGAUCAGUUUUGUGAAGUUAUAUACAACAAUUAGUAGAAUCCAAAUUUAUUUAUUUGGUUUAUUUCCUGCUGUUCUGUUUUGUUGAGUACUUGAAGUAGCUAACAAAAUGUAAAUAAAGUAAAUAUUAAAACUACAAUCAAAUAAAUGCAAAACCAUCUUAAAAAUUAAAACCUGGUGAAAGAGAGACA